UCUCAAGAAAAGUUUAAACCUUUCAACAAUGAUUGCUUUAAUUUGGAGAAUAUUGAUGAAGAGAGAAAUGCCCAUCUCUUCAAACCCACCUUUGAUAUUUUGUGGGAUGAACUUUUCUUCUUGGCUUUGUUUGUGGGCCUGUGCUUCUGAAUUUCUCACUUCAAUAGUUUUCUUUCUGUGCAGAUAAAUGGAAGGAAAUUUGAAUAAACUUCAAGUGGGGGAUCUACCUACUUUGAUUUACAAGCCUGAUUUUAUCACUCCGAAUGAAGAAUCCCAUCUCCUAGAUAAGAUUUAUGAAGCGCCUGUAUCCAAGUGGAAAUCUUUGAAGAAUAGGAGACUUCAAAAUUGGGGUGGUGUUGUCCAUGAGAAGGGUCUUCUACCACAAGACUUGCCUGCUUGGUUAACAAAGAUUACACAAAGAAUAAGUGAAGCAUCGGGACUAUUCCCCUUGGCAAUCAAUCAUGUUCUGAUCAAUGAAUACCUGCCUGACCAGGGAAUAAUGCCACAUCAGGAUGGGCCUGCUUAUUUUCCUGUAGUAGCUAUUCUUUCUCUUGGAUCACCCGUUGUUAUGGAUUUUAUUCCACAUUCAAGGUUAAGAGCAAGCGCAGAUACAGUGACAAAUAAUGGUGAAAAUAAAAGAGCAGAUGAAGAAGCUUUAGAGAUUGAGAAGGAUAAGUGGACGGAUAAUAACCAUCCUUUUUCUCUCCUAUUGAUGCCUCGUAGUCUACUGAUAUUUAAGGAUAAUGCCUAUUCAGAUUACCUGCAUGGUAUAAAAGAUGGUCAGCUGCAUCAUUAUGAUAAGGCCAUAAAUGAUACAGAAGCUUUGGUAAGCAAUAAAGCCGAUCAAACUUUUGCAUCGGAGAAAGCUGUGCAAAUAAUGGAAAAUGACACUAAUAAGGUCAUCUACCGGACAAGGAAUAGAGUUUCAUUGACUUGUCGAACAGUGUUGAAGGUUCACAAGAAUUUGUUCAAAUUUUAGUAUCAGAUUUAUGCUAAGUUUUGCCUCCAUAGCAAGGCAAGGAUUCCAAAUAUCGCAUGUCGGAAUCGUGCUUCAUUUUCUAGCUGUAUUUUUUCUCAAGUUGUGAUAGGCAAUUGUCUUUAGGGUACGUGGGAAUGGCUUCAGGGAAAGAGGUGCUAUUACAAAUUAUUUAAGUUCUUUUAUGACAUUUUUCUUUUAAUACAAACAAAAUGGCGAAGGGAGACCGGAACUUGAGAGCUAAUUCAAAUUGAGAAAUAUACCUACUACCAAGCUAA